AUGGUGAAGAAACAAGUUAUCCGUAAGAAGCCCAAGGCAGAUGGCACUGACCUUGUUGUAAAGCAAAAGCUCAUCUGGACAGUCGGUCACAUAUGUACACUGGUAUUUGGGCUUUACUUUGCUUUCUACUCUAUCUAUAGAUUAGCCUUUUUUUACCGGUACCGUUCUUGGAAGACGUUGUUCCUGACAGCCAGAAGACAUAUAUCAGGAAGACAUUUUAGUUGGUUGAAGUGGUUAGCAGGGUUUACCCCUAAUGUUGCUUAUCGGUUGUCGUUGGUUGGAGUGCUAGCGUCGCAUGGGAUCACUACUUGGCAAAGUUGGGCGGACUUGAGCCCUACGUACUACGAUCUGUUAUGCACUGACAAUUUCCAGAACCUCUUAAUUGCUACUCUAUGGUUAUUCACGAGAACCUCUUUUUACAAGUUGGUGCCCUUUAUAAUUGUCAGUUAUUUACACCUCACAAAGAAAAAGAAUACAAGUGAGCAAGACAUAACGAGACAGAAUUCUUCGUUGCUCCAUGUGGUUGCAUAUUCUGAGAUUGUUGUGCUAGUGUCGCUAUUUAUGGAUACCUUAAUGUUUAGGGGUACAUCAGGCUUUGCCUUUGUUUUCUAUCUUGCGAUUUACUGGCUGAAGGUGAACUUCUCUCCAUAUGUGCAAAACACAGUUUUGAGGAUACUAUCCAAGUUCGACAAGGCAAUCCCUGGUAGUCAACAGGGGAAAUGGAAUUCAGCCAAGAAUUUCCUCGUCAAGAGGCUCCAAGAACAGGAGAGAUCUCAGAAAGAGGUCAGAAAGAGACUAUAA